CCUUCAUGCCACCCCAUUAUUGCUCGUCUCAAUUUCCCUUUGUCUUCAUUUUCCUUUCUCUUUAGCAGCAUUACUUUUCCUAGGGAAAUCUACCAAGAGAUUACAACAACAAAAUGGAGGCAUUGAGGAUGAGACUAUUUUUUGCCACGGUUGUCGUGUUGAUGGCCGCAAUCCAAAACGUCGCAGCAGCCGAUGCUCCUGCCCCUAGCCCUACGUCAGAUGCCACGACGUUCGUGCCCACGGUGGUUGCUUCCCUUGUUGCUCUUGCGUUUGGUCUCUUCUUUUGAUGAAAUAGUACUAUUUUUUUAUGGGAGGGGUUGAUAUUUAAAGAUUGGAGUUUAUGUAGAGUUCUUUCUUCUCUAAAGUUGUCUUCUUCUAUACUUUAUUUCUUGAGGAUUUUUAUUUAUUU